AUGUUCAGAUAUAAGUGUCAAUGUGACUGAUGUAAUAAAUGACCACUCUCAGCAACAAAAUAGUGUUCCAACGGGAUAUAAUUUAGUAAAUAAUGAUUAUAACCCUCCAGUAGAUGUACAGCCAGAAAUUCCAUACUCACGGUUUCGUCGAAAUAAGUUUGCUCAUAAAGAAUUUAACGACAAGUUUUUAAACAAUAUGUUUGGUCAUAAGUGCUCCGUUUGUGAUCGAUUGUGGUUUAAGUUAGAUUUAAAAUCACCACGUGCUGAAGAUGAACAAUUAUUAAGGGUAAUAAAUGAAAAUUACAAUACAGUUGAAGAUAUUUUACUGUGCAACACGUGUUACCAAGCAAUUGGGAGGAAAGUGAUUCCUAUAAUGUCUACUUAUAACGGUUUUAAAUAUGAAAAAAUACCUGAGGUUUUACCACCGCUUGACUUAAUUUCGGAAAGACUUGUCUCACCACGAGUUCCAUUUAUGCAAAUUCGACGGUUACGACAUGUUCAUGGGCAAUAUGGAAUUUAUGGACAAAUCAUUAAUGUACCAGUCGAGGUAAACAAUAUGGUAAAACUCUUACCCCGUAAUGUCGAUGAUGAUUACUGUAUUAACGUACACAUUAAAAGAAAAAUAAUACAUAGAUCAAGCUAUUUAAUGGGACUAGUUAAUAAAAGGACAAUUCGUGCAUGGCUUCAGUAUUUGCUUCAAACUCCACUUUAUUUAUUUUACGAUAUUAAAAUUGAUGAAAGCUUCUUCAACAAUAAUAGUAAUAAUGAAAUCGAUCUAGAAGAAAUGAGUGAAGAUAUACCGGUCGAAGAGAGUCUAACAGCACAACAGAAAACUCUACUUUGGAAUGAAGAUAUGUAUUUACGGAUCGCUCCUGGAGAAUAUAAUAUUCCCAAAAGUAUAAUUUUUGAUGAACAUGCCGAAGAACUUUCUUUCCCAUCGAUUUAUUUGGGUCAUUUCCGAAAAUUCAGAGAGGGAGUAAAUGCAACACCGUUCGCAAUAGCAACUAGCGAAUUACGAAGAUCAGAUCGGCGUGGAGUUACUCCACAUCAUUUAUUAUAUCUAGCAAUGAAAAUUAUGAGGUUAAGAGUUCGUGACUCGCUUACGAUUGCAUUUAAACAUGUGGGAUACUAAUAUUACACGGCAGCAAGUUGAGUCAGCUGACUACAUUAAUAAUUGUAUCGAAAGUAAUUUAGCUUUUCUGCGCUCAAUACCAAAUUCAGUAUGGUAUUGGAGCGAUCGAAAAAGAGAUCUUUUUGCGAUGAUUCGGCAACUAGGAAAACCUACGAUGUUUCUUACUUUGAGUGCCAAUGAAAUCGGAUGGACCAAUUUAAUACAAUUAUUGUACAAAUUAAAAAAUAACGGUACUGAAAUUUCAGCUGAACAAGCUGCGUCACUGGAUUACAUAUCUAAGACUACACUAGUGAAUGAAGAUGCUGUGACCUGUGCUAUCUAUUUUAAUAAAAUAGUCAAUAUAUUGAUAACUAUUCUCCAAUCAAAGAAGAACAGCCCAUUUGGAAAUUAUUAUGUUGUCGACUAUUUUAAACGAAUUGAAUUUCAGCAUCGUGGUAGUCCUCAUGCACAUAUUUUAUUGUGGCUGAAUGACGCUCCAUCAGAUCCUCUUGGUACAAACUAUCAAGAUACUGUAAUGAUGAUUGAUCAAUUGAUAUCAAUUUCUUCAUCAGAAGCUUCUGGACAUAUUCGCUUGCAAAGUCACAAACAUACCUUUACCUGUUAUAAAAAAGUACAUGCCAAUCAACCUCAGAAAUGCCGAUUUGAUGCUCCAUUUAUGCCAUGUAAAUCCACUACAAUAUUAAAACCAAUGCAGAAAGAUCAUCCAGGAUAUGCUGAUUACGCUAAGCGGUAUAAACAAAUACAAAUUAAUCUUGAGAACAAUGAUUACGAGAAUAUUGAAAUGUUUUAUGCACAAAAUCAUAUAACUUCUGAUAAUGAUUAUUUUCAUAUUCUUGAAGCUGGAAUUACCAGACCUAAAGUAUUUUUGAAGCGACAACCUAAAGAAAAAUGGCACAACCCUUUCAAUCCUUUUAUUCUCAAUGUCUUACAAUCAAAUACAGAUAUGCAAUUUAUUAUCGAAGAAUACUCAUGUGCAGCGUAUGUUGUUGAAUAUGUCAAUAAAACUAAUAGGGGUAUAAGUAAUUUACAAAGACAAAUUCAUGAAAUCAUGGAU